GUGAAGAUUGUGCGCGAGAUGGCGUACCAAGAUGGCGCCGAUGACUUUCGACCGAUUACUUUCAUGGAUUUCAAAAACCCCGAUGGCCUGCUUCACGUCGGUGAUGGCUCGGACGAGGAGCCUUUUGUCGUUGGAAUAACAACCCGGGCGUUGUUGACACGUCUGGACCGGGACCCUUCAACGUUCAUCUUCCACAUCGACACAACGUUUAAGCUAUCUCAGGUGGGCUACUCAGUGUUGGUUAUGGGCAUAUCAGACCGCUCGCGCUCGUUCCACCUCGUCGCGUUCUGUAUCCUAUCCCAGCGUAUCGAAAGCGUCUACACUGCGGCCUUAAGUGCUUUCCGCGCUAUUUACACGGGGACUACAGGAAAGCAGAUUCGUCUAAAGUUUGUGAUGGGCGAUGCUGAGAGUGGCCAGCUGACCGCGUUGGAGCAGGUUUUCCGACAUGACUCGGACUUCAUGUUCCUGAUGUGCUUCUUCCACGUAAUGAAGAAAGUUCAAGAGAAGACGAAGUGCCUCCUAGAUCGUGUUGCCAAUGGAGUACUCGCCCAGAUCUAUGACAUGCAUUUUUGCUCAAGUUUUCCCGAGUUGGUCCAAGCCACAAACUGUUACUGGAAGGAUGAUCUCGAAGCGUUUGCUGCCUAUUUCAAGUCUCAGUGGCUUGGUGCCCGAUUUUCGCGCUGGCAAUGUUGUUACGCGGCGCCAGGGUUUGCCAAUACCGACAAUCCUGUGGAACAGUUCAAU